AAACUUGUAAGAAAUCCUCAAAAUUGUGCCAACGAAUCUAACACUCUAGUUAAAUCGUCGACAUGUGAAGUGCCGCGAACCGGUUCGGAGAAUCCAAGGCUCUGGAUUCUGGAAUCGAGCUCAAUGGCGGCAGCUCUGUCCCUCUCGUCGUUCACUGUAUCGCCGGAGCGUUCAAUUAACGCGUCACCGUCGUUCCUUUUUCGGAACAUCGCCGCCUACGCUGCACCCAUCCGUAUUUUUCCUGUAACAGCAAAGUAUGCAAGUAUAUGUUCAUAUAGUGGUAAUAUAUCCUUGAACAAUUGUUAUGGCAUGAAAGUAUGGAUGUUUGGGAAUGGGAAUUUUCAAUGGCAUAAUAAAAUAAGUGAGCAGAAAAACGACUUCAAGAAUUUUCAAUAUCAAGGCAGGGUCUGGGCAAUGAGCCUUUCAGGAACAACUCCAUUGCAUGAUGGAGAACAUGUUGCAGUAUCUUCAGCAGCCAUUCUAUCAAAUGUCUCAAGCCUCACUGAUGGCACUCAGAUUGGAAGAUCACCUGCUAUUAGCAUUGCUGUUAUUGGAGCUACUGGGGAGCUAGCUCGGAGAAAAAUUUUCCCGGCGCUGUUUGCUCUGUAUUACAGUGGUCAACUACCAGAGAAUUUUGCUAUAUUUGGAUAUUCAAGGAAAGAACUAACGGAUGAAGACCUGAGAGCAAUAAUAGCCACAACUUUAACUUGCCGCAUUGAUGAACAACAGAAUUGUGAAGACAAAAUGGAAGCUUUUCUCAAAAGAAUUCACUACCUUAAUGGAGGGUUCAACAACAGAGAAGGAAUGUUAAAGCUCCAUGUCCUAAUGGAACAUGUUGAAGGGAAGUUUGAAACAAACAGGAUAUUUUACCUUUCUGUGCCCCAAGAAGCAUUGUCAGAUGUUGCGCUGUCAAUUGCUGAACAUGCCCAGACUGAGAAGGGAUGGAAUCGUAUAAUAAUUGAAAAACCGUUUGGUUGUAAUUCAUUGUCUUCUCAUCGGUUGACAAGUUCUCUUCUUUCGAACUUUGAGGAGAAGCAGUUAUAUAGGAUAGAUCAUCUUCUAGGAAGGAACACUAUCGAAAACCUCACUGUCCUAAGAUUCUCUAAUCUUGUUUUUAUGCCAUUAUGGAACCGUAAUUACAUUCAAAGUGUACAGGUCAUAUUUUCUGAAGAGGUUGGGAUGCAAACUCCAACAGGCCAUCUUGAUGCCUCUGGUAUAAUAGGUGAUGUUGUACACAGUCACAUACUUCAGACUAUUGCUUUGCUUGCUAUGGAACCUCCUGUCACACUAGAUGGCGAAGAUGUUCGUAAUGAAAAGGUCAAGGUAUUGAGAUCAAUCCGAAAAAUAGAACCCUCUGAUGUUAUCCUUGGACGAUAUGACGCCAAUCCUAAAGGUCAGGUUGAUGGUAAUUUGAGCAAUCUGGCACCGACAUAUUUUUCUGCUGCUUUGUACAUUGACAAUGCACGUUGGGAUGGUGUACCUUUUCUAAUCAAAGCUGGCCGAGGACUCGACAAAAAUAGAGUUGAAAUUCGCAUACAAUUUCGUCAUGUCGCUGGGAACCUUUACCAUAAAGACAAUCUGCGUAGUGUUGAGCUUGCUACCAAUGAGUUGAUUUUACGCGAUGUGCCUGAAGAGUCGAUCUUAGUCCGUAUUAAUAACAAGGUUCCAGGACUAGGCAUGCAAUUGGAUGCAUCAGAAUUGAAUUUGCUUUACAAGGACAGGUAUGACAUCGAGGUACCUGAUUCAUACGAGCAACUUCUGCACGAUGUCAUAGACGGGGACAACCACCUGUUCAUGAGAAGUGACGAGGUUGCGGCUGCCUGGAAUAUAUUGUCGACGGUGCUGAAUGAGAUGGGCAAUAGCAACGUAGUGGUAGAGCAGUACAAGUUGGGAAGCAAGGGUCCAGAUGGGGCUGCUGAUAUCUGGGCAAAGCAUGGAGUUCAGUGGUUGGAUGAGUAGGAAGGGCUCCCCAUAUCAUAUAAUACAGAUUCAAGGAGAAGAGUUGUUAAGACAGCAUUUGUGAAUUGUGAUAAACCUUCACCAUUGCUGAGUGGUAUCCACUAUGAUGGCAAUAAAUGUUUUUUGUUUUUUAAAGUUCGCGUUGUAGAAGAUCACUAGUGUGAUGUUG